AUGAGCGGCAGCAGCGCCAGGUCCAGCCACCUGUCCCAGCCGGUCGUGAAGAGCGUGCUGGUGUACCGCAACGGGGACCCUUUCUUCGCGGGGCGCCGCGUGGUCAUCCACGAGAAGAAAGUGUCCAGCUUCGACGUGUUUCUGAAAGAGGUGACGGGCGGUGUUCAGGCGCCGUUUGGGGCGGUCAGGAACAUCUACACGCCGCGGACCGGCCACCGCAUCCGGAAGCUGGACCAGCUCCAGAGCGGGGGCAACUACGUGGCCGGGGGUCAGGAAGCCUUCAAGAAGCUCAAUUACUUGGACAUAGGAGAAAUGAAGAAGAGACCUAUGGAAGUUGUUAAUACAGAGGUGAAGCCAGUAAUGCACAGCAGGAUCAACGUGUCCGCUCGCUUUAGAAAGCCACUGCAGGAGCCGUGCACGAUCUUUUUGAUUGCAAAUGGAGACCUCAUAAGUCCGGCUUCCCGCCUCCUCAUCCCCAGAAAAACCUUGAAUCAGUGGGAUCAUGUGCUACAGAUGGUCACGGACAAAAUAACUCUGAGGACUGGAGCUGUCCACAGACUUUACACGUUAGAAGGAAAACCUGUUGAGAGCGGGGCGGAGUUGGAGAAUGGGCAGUUUUAUGUGGCCGUUGGCAGAGAUAAGUUUAAGAAAUUGCCUUACAGUGGAUUACUUUUUGACAAGUCCACAAUGAGAAGGUCCUAUGGUCAGAAGGCUUCUUCACUACCUCCUAUUGUAGGAUCCAGAAAGUCUAAAGGGAGUGGAAAUGAUCGUCAAUCCAAGUCAACAGUUGGAUCCAGUGAUAACACAUCCCCUCAGCCCCCAAAGAGGAAAGGGCGAAAAGAAGAAGUGAGUUUGGAAAAACCCAAGAAAGGGAAGCAAAAUGUAAAGUUAAAGAAAUCACCACAAACAAGUCCAAACAGUGAUGAAGGCGUUUUCAAAGCUGGAGCAGAGAGGUCUGAGACACGGGGAGCAGCAGAAGUCCAAGAAGAUGAAGACACUCAAGUUGAGAUCCCAGUUGACCAGAGACCAGCAGAAAUAGUAGAUGAGGAAGAAGAUGGAGAGAAAGCAAACAAGGAUGCAGAGCAGAAAGAAGAUUUUUCGGGAAUGAAUGGUGAAGUUGAAGAAGGAGGAGAUCUGGAGGCUACGGAAGCCUCUGAGGAGGUGGAGGAGGUCCCGGACCACAGGGAGGAGCCUGCAGGUCCCACCCGAGGUAAUGGAGGCACCGAUGAAGAAAAUGGGGAGGAGCUGGAUCAGGUUACUACUGAGCUUCAGGAGGCAGUGGACGAGGAUGUCAAGUCUCAAGGAGCUGGCACUGGACAAAAUGAGGCUGACUUAGACCACCAAAGACCACCAAGACCAGAAGUAAAAAUCACCAGCCCACAAUGAGAAAAUGAGAACAACAAACAAAACAAGGACUAUGUUGUCAUAGCAUAGAUAAUUUUCAAAAAGAAGAGUAUGUUGAUUAUCAGAAAAAUGAAGGGUUAUAAUACUUGAAUAAUAAGGAUAUAGUUACUGCGGAACAUAAUGUGACAAUAUGGUUGAAUACUACCUACUGAAUUUUAAGAUUAGAGGCUUAAUGGAAAGACUAGAUAAUUUUGAAUAGCUACUAAAGGGGAGUGACUUCUUUUCAUGGAAUGUAUUUUUAAAAGUCUUUUAGGAAAAUUAAAAGGGUAUAGGAGCACUUUCCCCGGAUGACAAUUGGCCACUUGUCUUUAUAAGCGAUGGAAAAGAAUAGGGCCACACCUAUUGGAUCCUUUUCUAUAAAUUUAGAAAUGAGGCUAUUAGAUGGGAGUUUAUCCUAUAGCACUUAUCUAGGAAGGCAGAGAAUUUUAAAGAGAUGGUAAUAGGAAAGCAUGUACUAUUUUUUUUAAAGCAAUAAACUCUUGCAUAAACAACUGUAGUUUAGUUUCAGAGACUGGCAAUAGAUUGAAAUGUUUCCGUGACUUGUCAACAUUCUUUUCUUUCUUCCUCCUCAUCCCAAAUCCAUCUUACACAAAUUAAAAAGACAGCACAGGGUGUUCACUUUGGAAGGUGGAAGUCUUCAUUCAGGGUAGUGGUGAUUAAUCUUGACAUGACAUUCCCUCAAGCGCUUCAGGUUUUAAUCCUUGUGUCUUUAGUGACACAUUCAGGAAGGAAUUUUACCAUGGGACACCCAGUUAUAUUCACUGAACCUGGCUGGCUGGUGUGCAAGUUCUGGUAUUCUGUGGAU